GAUGAAUGAAUCGAUUGCGGCUGAAUCAAAUGAUUUUGCAUCGAACGCCUGGUUCUAUGAAUCGCUUGCUGUUGAUUCUCACGACUGCAUCACGACCCCGAUUUAUGAACUGAUUCCCAUCGAUUUCUUUUUUACAAUCACCGACCUCGAUUUUCGAUCCAGAAAUCCAUUAGCUAUCGAAUCUUUACGAUUCGCCCUUGGAACCACCAUCAAGGAAACGACCUACUAUCGAAUCCGUACGAUUAACGGUAGGUCUACGAUCCGGAAAUCGAUCCACUAUCGAAUCCUUACAAUUCACUCUAGAUCCACGAUUCGGGAAUCGAUGCGCUAUCAAAUCUGGACGAUUCAGUUGGAUUCACGAUCCUUGAAUCGAUUUCGAUUCGAGUCCCUGCUCUUCGAGGCCUGUGGUGCUGCACGUUCGACGAACACAUUGAACGGUGGCGGGCUAUCUUCUUGAAAAUGAGCGCCGCAAACUUGAAAUUCAAGCCUCAAAAGUGUCACCUUUUACAGCAUCCCCCCGCGAUGUCGCGUGUGGUGGAGGUGGAGCAGAAGUUCUUGCUGGGCGAGCGCACGGAGGAGCUGCUGUUGGCCGCCGGCGGGCGCCUGCUGGCGGAGUGGCGAUUCCGCGACGUCUACCACGACGUGGUGGGUCACGACGUGGUGGACCACGACGUGGACGGGAGCCUCGCGCUGGCCCUGGCCGACCUCUGGCUCCGCCGCAGGGACUCCGUCUGGCAGCUCAAGUACCCCGUGGGCGGGGCGGUGAUCACGACCUCCUCCCCUGCGGAGGACCGGCUGGUGCAGCGCUACGUGGAGACGGAGUGCGAGGCGGAGAUCGUGGAGCGGGUGGCGGCCGUGCUGGGUGUGGGCGCGGCGGUAGGCAGCGUUGACGAGCUGGUGGAGAGGGCGCAUCUCAGGCCGUUUGCCGAGUUCGGCACUGAGCGGCGGCGCUACCUCCUCCCCGCCCGUGGCGUUGAGGAGGCGGAGGCGGUGGAGGGGGUGGAAGGGGUGGAGGGGGCGGAGGUGGUGGAAGGGGUGGAGGAGGUGGAGGGGGAGGGAGUGGAGCGUCUGGGCUCCGUGUGCGUAGACCUGGACGUGAGCGACUUUGGCUACGCCGUGGGGGAGCUGGAGGUGGUGUGCCGGGAGGAGCGGUCGGUCCCACGGGCCGUGCUGGCUGUACAGGCCGUGGCCAGCCAACUCGAGUUGGUGAGCGGCACCAACCUGCUGAGCAAGCUGGCUGUCUUCCUGCGUGACCACCGCCCUGACCUCUACCGACGGCUCGUCGAUGCCCACGUCCUCGGCUGACUUCGCCGGUGACGUCGACCAGUGACCUUGGUUGACCUUUGCCGAUGACCUCGGCUGGUGACCUGAGCUGGUGACUUUGGGUGACCUUUUGCUGGGGAACUCGGCUGGUGACCUCGGCUGGUGACCUCAGCUGGUGACCUCAGCUGGUGACCUCACCUGGUGACCUUGGAAGAUGACCUUGGCUGACAAAGAUCCCACGUGUAGCCUCCAGCAGGCUGUAGGGGCAAGUGCUGUUAGUAGCACCUACACACAGACAAAGAUCCCCCGUGUAGCUUCUAGCAGGCUGUAGGGGCAAGUGCUGUGUUGUAUAUAUUGUGUGACGUGUAAAUUUUAAAGGAAAUGUGAUAAAAUAAUAAAAUAUUUUUUUGUUCAAUUAUGUUAAUGUCUGCAAUUAAGUGUGGUUAAGAAUGAGUGUAUAAAAUUGUUACGAUGUAAUGCUUGCGUACGUGAUUAUUUGUGCGUGAUCAGUUACUAUGUGUUAUACUCUGGUUCUUUCGGUAAAGUCACAUAGAUAGAAAUAAAAUAAAAUAAAUCACGACG